AUGCUACUAGAUGCUGCCAAUAUGGAGGACACACUAUCGAUAUCAACACACCCUUCGACAGCACCAGAAGACGAAGAAGAAGAAGAAGUGGCGAUAAACAACGCUGAAGGCACAAAAUACCAGGCCAUUGAAGAGCUGAUUCGACUCAAAGGUCAAGACGAACUUAUAAAGCUUUUAAAUUAA